ACUCCCCCCGCUUCCCGGGCCGCCUCUUUGUCUCCUGCAGGAGGGAAGGCGUUCGGCUUGCUCAAAGCCCGGCAGGACAGGAGGCUGGCCGAGAUCAACCGGGAGUUUCUCUGUGACCAGAAGUACAGCGAUGAAGAGAACCUGCCGGAGAAGCUCGCCGCCUUCAAAGAGAAGUACAUGGAGUUUGACCUGAACAAUGAGGGCGAGAUUGGUAAGUGAGGCCUCAACUGUGCAGGGGAGGAG